AUGGCGUCGGACGAGAUUGUCUGGCAAAUCAUCAACCAGCAAUUUUGCUCGUUCAAGCUCAAGACGACCAAGAACCAGAAUUUCUGCAGAAACGAAUACAACGUCACCGGCUUGUGUAAUCGUCAAUCAUGUCCUCUUGCGAACUCUAGAUAUGCCACCGUGCGGGCUCACCCUACCAAGGGCACGCUGUACCUGUACAUGAAGACAGUUGAACGCGCGCAUCUUCCAUCCAAGCUGUGGGAGCGUAGGAAGCUGUCGGCCAACUACCAGACGGCGCUGAAGCAGCUCGACGAAUGGCUCCUGUACUGGCCCAAGUUCUUGGUCCACAAGUCCAAGCAGAGGCUUACCCGCCUGACCCAAGUCGCCAUCCGCAUGCGGAGAAUAGCCAAGGAGGAAGAGCGCCUCGGCGAGAAGGUCGUACCCAAGUUGGCCCCCAAGAUCCGGAGGCGUGAGGACACGAGAGAGCGCAAGGCCGAGGCUGCGGCCAAGCUGGAGCGCACCAUUGAGCGAGAGCUCAUGCAGAGGCUGAGAGAAGGCGCUUACGGUGACCAACCCCUCAACGUCAGCGAGACCAUCUGGAAGAAGGUGCUCAACGCCAUGGAGCGCGAGGGCGAGGGCACGCGUGACGAAGACAUGGACAAUGGCAUCGAGGACGAGGAGGAGGGCGAGUACGAACAGGAGGAGGACGAGGAAGAUGGGGCCGUCGAGUAUGUCAGCGAUCUGGACGAGAGCGAGGAUGAUCUGUCGGACAUUGAGGAUUGGCUCGGAAGUGACGCAGAGUCGGAGCAAGACGAGGACUCGGCGAGCGAAGACAGCGACGACGACGACGACGAGACGGCGGCCAGCAAGAAGCAGAAGGCGGCCGCCGGCGACAAGAGGAAGAGGGGAGAGCCUGCCCGCAAGCCGAAGAAGGUGGUCAAGCGCAGGCGCGAGAUUGAGCAUGAGCACGAGUACGAGCCCCGUGCUCGGGAGCUGGCGUUCUAG